CGGCCGGAGGCGAAGGAGGUCCACGAACAGCCCGCCACACUCCAGGUCCCAACACCCGAAGCCAUGAAGCUGUGGACGACGCUGGCGCUGUGCGGCGUGGCGGUGCAGCUCAGCCUCCUCGCCGUGGACGUGUCCGAGGCCCGGCCCCAGGAGGCGCCCUUCGAGCUGCCCGUCCAGCUCAUCGGCUUCCCCGUCAUCAUCAUGGCCGUGCGCGUGUCCAACUUCGUCAAGAAGCUGGCCUACUCGCUCAACCCCAGCACGUACCGGUCGCGGACGCGGCGCGGCGCCAUCGCCGGCCCCGAGCAGGACGUCCCCGACCUGGACCCCGCGGCCGUGGAGAAGCGGCUGGUGCGGGAGAUGGGCGAGUCGGUGUGCGUGUACGAGCACGUGUGUAGGGACUACGCGGAACGCGCCAGGCUGCUGGGCGCGCGCAACCACGCGCUGGACUGGCCCAAGCUCAUCAGCAACUACAACGCGUCCCCGGAGAGCAGGAAGCAGUUCUACCUUCUGAGCGUGUUCCUCGGCGACAUCGUGGGCUCCCCCAACUUGUGCCACCAGCUUGCCAAGCGGGGCCGCGCCUGCAAGUGAGCGGCCGAGCGGCCGUGGCCCCCCUCGAGGGCUGCCCACCGAGGCGGCAACCCUAGCCGUCCACGCGGCGGUCGGCAACCCUAGCGCGUCCCGCGUGCUGGCGGGCAGCCCCUCGCCGGGGCCGAAGACAAGCCAUAUUGUGAUAAAGUCGCGGCCGCUUAGGCUGGCCACGCUGCGCCCGGCUGCCCGGUUGGUAGGGUUGCCACCUGGCCGCUCGCUAGGUUGGUAGAGUUGGCACUAGCCGGCUGCUCGGUUGGUAAGGUUGCCACCACCAGCUUCCCCAGCCAGUUGGUUUGGAUAUCACCAGCUGAGGGUUGCCACCAGCCGGCGCGAGGCGUUUGUCAGGUUGCCAUCCAGCCCGCCGGGAACUGCUCGCUGGGAGACGAUGGUGCGAUGAGCUAUAGUCAAGUAGAAAAUCAAAACCCUGAGGGUGAGGUAUCCGCGACAGGGCAGAGAAUGUGUCAAGGAUUUCAUUAAUAAUUUCUCUGUGGAUCUGAGAACCUUGCCCGCUUAGAUGAAACUUAAGAAGAUCCGCCUCUCAUAGUGUUGAGGCGUUAACUGUACAAACGCUAAGAAUUAUAAGCGACUUUCUAAAUAGGUCAUCCGGUGACGAAUAGGUGACGUACUGUCUGUUAUGCCGCGAUAGUGACGUCAUGGAGGCGGCAAACGGAUCUCUGGUUUGACGUCAUCAUGGCUUGCAUCGGUGCUGACUGUACAAAACUUCGGGAAUUUCACGAGUCUGUACGUAAGUGUGUGAAUUGUUACUGAAUAAAUCAUUGUUACCUA